AAAAGGACCGCUUGAGAGAGAGAAGUUCCAAGUAUAAAUGCCUCUCUCCUCCAUUCAGUCCCUCAUUAUUCAUUUCCGUUUUGGUGUGUCUCCUUCCCACCAAGGCCACGGUGCCACUCCUGGAGGCUUGGGGGGAGGGAACGCUGCAACUGCACGCUCAUAUGCGGGACAUGGAGGCCCGCCUCACCGAGGACGCCAAACACACCCUCGGCGAAGCACGGACAGCACCUCCCAAGGGGCCGCUACAGCACCGGCUCUCCCAUGCCAUCAACGCCCAACGGGCCGAGGAGCUGUUUGCCGACACACUCCUCGACCGACCAGGCUUUGAAAACGGCCAUGGCACCCGACUCACCAGCCUCAGAGGGACGGGAGCGGGAGACUGGCUGCUGGCCAUCCCCACGCGACCGGACCUCUCCCUCAGCACCGGCCAGUUCGGAACCGCCCUCGCCUUCCGCCUCGGCCUGCCGCUCCCCAUCCCCAGCGGGUGCUCAUGCGGCGAACACAUACCCAACCCGAGCCUGCCAAACCACCUACUCCGUUGCAAGCCCGGGGGGGAUGUCAAGCGCCUGCAUGACGCCCUUGUAUACGCCGCUCUCCGCAUGGCCCGGGAGGCGAAAUUCAUGACCUACCAUGAGACGGUCCGCUACACCACCCCCACCAAUCGAAAGAGGGCCGACCUGGCCGUACGGGAUGUGGAAAGUGGAGCCACUUGGGUGACGGACGCGACUGUCACGGACCCGGAGCUGGCCGGACUGAGCUGCGCCUGCGCUAUCUUCCAGGAGUACCCCCCCUCGCUCUUCCCGUCGGUGCUGGUCAUCUGUGGCCCGGGCAACAAUGGCGGGGACGGGCUCGUGGCCGCCCGCCACCUCUUCCACUUUGGCUACCGGCCUACCGUCUGCUACCCCAAGAGGACGCCCAAGCCCCUGUACGAGGGGCUAGUCACUCAGGUGGAGUCCCUGGGAGUGCCGUUCCUCUCCCCCGACCACCUGCCGUCGCCCCUGGGCCCAUCCUUCUCCCUCGUCGUCGAUGCCAUCUUCGGCUUCUCCUUCAAAGGCUCCCCCCGGCCCCCUUUUGACUCCAUCCUGGCCAGUCUCAUUGCGCCACCUGGCAGCACGGCAGAGGCUGCAGGCAUCCCCCCUAUAGUGUCCAUCGAUAUUCCCUCAGGGUGGGACGUGGAGCAAGGGGAUAUGGCUGGAACAGGCCUGAAGCCAGACAUGCUGAUUUCCCUCACAGCACCCAAGCGCUGUGCCCUCUCCUUCGCCGGCCGCCACCACUACCUGGGCGGCCGCUUCGUCCCGCCCGCCAUCCGCACGCGCUACAAUCUGCGCCUGCCGCCCUUCCCCGGCACCGAGCAGUGUGUGCGCAUAGGGGGGGGAGCCGGGCGUGCAGAGGGAGGAGGCUCCGAUGCUGCAGGUGGGAAGGCAGCGAGUGACGGGGCAGGAGGGGCUGGGGCGGAGAGAGGGGCAGGUGGGAGCAGUGGAGGUGGGAGCGGUUGUGGUGGUGGUGGUGGUAGCAGUGGUGGUACAGCAGCGACAGUAGAUGUGGCGUCGUUGCGGCGGGAGUACUCGGGGAGGGCUCUACUGGAGAAGGAAGUUCAGCCUGAUCCUAUCGCUCAGUUCCAGGCAUGGUUCAGCGAGGCGCUAGCGGCCAGUGUGCCCGAGCCCAACGCCAUGACGCUCUGCACCGUGGACGAAGGAGGGAAGCCUUCAGCGCGCAUCGUGCUACUAAAGGGGGCGGACGCGGCAGGUUUUGUCUUCUUCACAAACUACAGCAGCCGCAAGGGGCAGGAGCUGCUGUGCCAGCCUGGCACGCCACCCCCUCAGGCCGCCCUUGUCUUCUAUUGGGAAUCCCUGCACCGCCAGGUGCGGGUGGAGGGAGCGGUGGAGAGAAUCCCCGACUCCGAGUCAGACGCAUACUUCCACUCGCGGCCCAGGGGCAGCCAGAUCAGCGCCCUGGCCAGUGAACAGAGCGCAGUGAUUGCCAGUCGGGAGCAGCUAGAAGAUGCAUAUAGUGCACUGCAGAAGCAGUAUGGCGACAGCGCGCCGAUCCCCCGGCCAGAGCACUGGGGCGGGUUCAGGGUGGUGCCGCGUGCCAUGGAGUUCUGGCAGGGCAGGGAGUCACGCCUGCACGACAGGCUGCGCUACAGGAAAGAUGUCAAUGGCAAUUGGGUGAUAGAAAGACUAGCUCCCUAAGUAGCAGGGGAGUAAAACACUGCAGGUAUCUGGCAGGCAGAACCAGAGCGCUGUUUGCCUGCCCACAAUGGUGGGAUUUUAUUAGCCCUCACUCCUCCUGUAUGUCGAUUGAUGUGGUUUAUGAUGGCUGAUGUGUAGCACAGCAUGAUAUUAGGCUCAUGUAGGGAGACGGGUGUUCAACUGAAAGAAUAUUUAGAACAAGGCAUACAAGGGAAUAUAACCUAAUGGGUUGCACUCCCUAAGGCACACUCCAAUAUAGUGUACAGAAACAU